AGGGGUGGUGCGAAGCGUCACCGCAAGAUUCUGCGCGAUAACAUCCAGGGUAUCACCAAGCCGGCUAUCCGUCGUCUCGCGCGUCGUGGCGGUGUCAAGCGUAUCUCUGGCCUGAUCUACGAGGAGACCCGUGGUGUCCUCAAGAUCUUCCUCGAGAACGUACGUGCUCAUCUUCCGUCCGUUACGUACACUGAGCACGCCAAGAGGAAGACCGUCACGGCGCUCGACGUCGUCUACGCGCUCAAGCGCUCUGGCCGUACCCUCUAUGGUUUCGGUGCUUAA